CAUUAGCUGUGUGUCGACCCAUCCGUCCAUGUGAAUUGGAUUCUGUGUAUCCAGCCUUGUUUUCUGCAUCUCCACCCCUCCGAGACACGCCGUAGACCUGACCAUCACCAUCACCUCCAGAAGUAGUGAUGGCAGUCCAGCCGAUGCCUGUAGUGAACAUACAGCCAGGCAUUUUUCGGUCCCCUGCUGACAUAAAGACUGAGGUGUGGAGCAGCAGCAUCUGUGACUGUUGUGGUGACAUGAAGAUCUGUUGCUUUGGGUUCUGGUGCCCAUGCUGUCUGAGAUGUCAGACAAGUACAGACUUUGGGGAGUGUUUCUGUCUCCCCCUGUUGGACAUUUCCCCCAACUGGCUCCCAGCUGCUUCUCUGGCCUUCCGGAGCACCAUGAGGGAGAGAUACCGCAUCCAGGGGUCCAUAUGCGACGACUGCCUCUUGGUCACCUGCUGCACCCCCUGUGCCUGGUGCCAGAUGGCCCGAGAGCUGAAGUUACGUCAGCGCCCUCUCCUCCUUGUCAAUGUCCCAUCCCCUGUCCAGAUCAACAUGCAUCCCCCUCAACAAGCCUUUUCUGACCCCUCUAUGCAUCUACAGCCUAUGCCUGUAGGACUCUACCCCUCCGUGCCACAAUAUAGCCAGCAUAAGCAAGCGACAAAUUAGGGGGUUGUGGAUGAGUGCCAUUCUAGAAUGUGAAACAGGCAGCACAGCCAGCCAACAAUGCAUCACAUAGAUAUCUGUUUGUUUUUUAUUAUUAUAGGAAAGCAAACACUUUUAGAGAAAUCAUAACAUGAUCAGGAAAUCAUAACACUAUCAGAAUGACAUUGAUUGCAAUGAAUUAAUUAAACAAAUAAACGUCCUUAGUGUUUUAUAUAGCUUGUUUAAAAAAAAUAUAGGAAAGCAAACACUUAUAGAGAAAUCAUAACAUGAUCAGGAAAUCAUAACACUAUCAGAAUUACAUUGAUUGCAAUGAAUUAAUUAAAAUAUAAACUUCCUUAGUGUUUUAUAUAGCUUGUUAGACGCUAACACUUAAAUUGGCGCAAUUAACACAACCAUGCAACUACGGUAUCUGAUUCACGUACCAUAUAAAUUUUGUACUUUAGAGAAUAUUAAUGUAAUUAAUAAAAUAUUUUAACUUUAA